GAUGGGAACUACUAUUUUAUUGCUGAAAGUUUAUUAGAAAACUUUAUUAUAAUUUUAUAAGUGGCCCUACUUAUAAAAUUUUCUGUGCGUUUAAAAUAUUGUUUUGUAAUUUACAAAACUGCGGCUUCUAUACUUAUACAUUUUCUGAUAUAAAUUACUUAAUUAGUAAAAGUGCCUAUCUACAUAAAUAAAGUUUUAGGAUACCUCUACACACAAUUAAUUAAAAAGUUAUAACUAUAGAAGGUAUACCUACCUAUUUAUUUAACGAAAUCAUAUGGCUGGCCUUCAUCAAAAGUACGUGCAACAUGAUAAAAGUACGGAGAUUGCAAUAGAUACGGAAAGUGGAGCAGAAAGCCUCGGCAAUGAUAAUUCAAUAGUUUCAACACACUCUUCAAAAGAACCACCAAAACCACAUUCAGUUUCAGUUGAUUCUCGAUCGCGCUGUUGCGAACAAGUUAUCGAAAUGACAGUGACUGAAGAAAAGAAACGGGAAAACCCCACCAAAUUGGAUGACAAAAAGUUUAAAAAAGGACCCAGACCCGCGCCCCCACCUGGUUUGAAGGACGACUUGACCACGAUUGCUCAUAUUUGCGUGGUGUUGUAUACUGGACUUAUUUUGUACUUGUGCUUUUCGCGGCCGUUUGAAUUUUUUACGUGGCAUCCUCUGUUACUUUCAAUAGGGUGGAUGUUACUUUUGACUGAGGGUGUAUUGUUCAUCUCUAAAGAAAACCCAAUAGGAAGAAGAUUACGUUUAAACCACACAUUAAAACUCCGUUAUCAUUGGAUAGCCGUAACAAUCAGUCUGGUUUUAGUAGCUAUCGGUUUUAUAGUUAUAAUUAUCAAUAAAAAUAAUAAAAACAAAGAACAUUUCAAAACCUGGCACGCAAUUUUCGGUUUAAUAGCUUUGAUAGGUUGUGUACCAGCUGUUUUGAACGGUAUAGCGGCUCUUUUUGAUGUAGAACUAAAAAAUUACAUAAAACCAGCACUGAAUAAAGCUAUACACGUGGCUAGCGGUAAGCUUUCUGUGAUAUUCGGCGGGCUAGCACUAAUUUUGGGUGUUUACACCAAUUGGUUUGUAAAGGCUAGCGGGAAUAAUAAAUAUUUAUUUUUAUUAGGGUUUAUUACGUCUUUGUAUGUCACUGUUUGGACUGUACAGAGACCAAUGCGUAAAACUUUACGCAAAUUCUUUAAAUUUGAGAAUGUAUAAAAUUCUUGUUUUUGCCCAAUUGACAUAAUGUGAUAUAUUUAAUAUGAUAAUGAGAUUUCAAUAUUAUAACUUUGUAUUUAUAGUGUAAAAUAUAAUUUUUUUAAUAAAGAAUGUUCUCAA